AUGAGUGGUGAAUAUAUAACUAUUCAAAUUGGGCAAUGUGGCAAUAAGGUCGGACAACAAUUCUGGUCUCAGUUGUUAAUAGAGCACGGUUUAGCAAAUGAUGGAUCAGUUCAAUUUGAUAAAGACCUAUACGACCAUAAGAGGCCAUUUUUCAAAGAUCAUCAAAAUAAUAAUUAUACCCCGAGGGCAAUUUUAUUAGAUACGGAGCCUAGUGUUAUUCAGAAUAUUAAAAAUUCUUACCAUGAUCUAUUUAACGAUCGAAAUAUAUGGGUUAGCCCCGGUGAAACUGGUGCUGGGAAUUCCUGGGCUAAAGGUUAUACAUUAGGUGAAUCCUAUAUAGAUGAUUUUUUUAAUAUAAUUGAUAGAGAAGUAGAAGAUACAAAUAAUUUGGAAGGUUUUCAAAUAAUACAUUCAAUUGCUGGAGGUACAGGAUCAGGUAUUGGUUCAUUAUUACUAGAGAAAUUACAAGAACGCUACCCUAGUAAAUUGAUAAUAACAUAUUCUGUUUUUCCAGCCAAAACUGCAGAAGUGGUUGUCCAGCCUUAUAAUUCUAUUUUAACACUAAGAAGAUUAGCUGAAUAUAGUAAUGCUGCAAUAGUUUUUGACAAUGAUUCAUUAUCACAUAUAACCAACCAGGUCUUUACUACUAUGGAAAAUGGCUAUACACAAUCUAAUCAAUUGAUUAGUGCUACCAUGUCCUCAAUAACUAAUUCAGUUCGAUUCCCAAGCUACAUGUAUAGCUCUCUUACUAGUAUAUUUUCUACUUUAAUACCAACACCUGAUUUAAACUUUUUGGUACCGAGUAUAUCACCUUUUACAAGUGAUUAUAUAACAAAUAAUUAUUCCAAUAAUAAUUCCAACAGUCUACUUCGAAAUACCAAAUCAUUAAAUGUCUCCGAUAUAUUAUUAGAUUUAACUGAUCCGGUAAAUUCCUUGAUAACACACUCGAAUAAAUCUAGUUCUCGAAUAACUUAUUUUAAUUGUUUCACCACACUAAUAGGCAAAUUCAAUUCAAAUGAUGAUAUAUUAAGAUACGUUGUAAAAGCAAACAAGAAACUGAACUUUACUAGUUGGACUUCUAAAUCUAUGAAUAUCAAUAUUGGUAGAAGAUCGCCGAUAUUCAGUGCCAAUCAAACAGAAUCAGCUGAUAAUUUUAGUAAUAUAAACGGUAUGAUGCUAUCAAAUAGCUCAACUAUUAUUCCCAUCUUGGAUAGAAUAUCUUCUCAAUUUGAUAAAAUUUAUCAUAAACAAGCUUUUAUUAAUAGUUUUAAUGAUCCUUCACGUACAGAUAGCGAUUUCCCAGAUUUCGAAGAAUCAAGUAGAGUUGUCAAAGAUUUAAUUAAUAAUUACAAAGAAGCGAUUGAACCUGAUUUCUUGGACGAUCUUCUUCAUGAUGCAUUAAGACCAAUGGAUACUGGUUCUGGUGAAGACGUUCAUAUGCUGGAGUCAGAGAACUAA